AUGCUGCCUAUAGGCCGCAGGUACAAGUUCAUAGGCUUGGAGGACGGCACUUUUGAUCUUUUCAUAGGCGUCCUGCCUAGACAGACCAGAACAAGCUUCCUGAGCCUUACCCGGUGCAGCGCAGCCUUGGAUCCGCAGUGGAACCACAGUCCGCCCGGGCGCCCAGCCUUCGGGCCGGAGACGCUCCAUACCAGCAACUACUCUCUGGUGUUACUGAUCCAGCUCAGCCUGCUCUCCUUUGACCUGUUUGUCAACUCCUUCAGUGAGCUGCUGAGGACUGAGCCAGCUGUGCAGCUGGUACUUUUCAUAAUCCAGGACAUUGCCAUCCUGUUUAACCUGAUCAUCAUUCUGUUGAUGCUGUUCAACACCUAUGUGUUCCAGGUUGGACUGGUUGCCAUAUUGCUGGAGCGGUUUAGAACCAUGCUAAUGCUAUCUGCUCUUUACUUGACCUUCAGCAUCAUUCUCCAUUCUUGGCUUAUGAAUCUGCGCUGGUUAAAUACAAACAGAUUUAUUUGGACCGACGGUCUUCAGGUGCUUUUUGUGUUCCAAAGAGCUGCUUCUGUGCUGUACUACUACUUCUACAAGAGGACCUCAGAGUAUCUGGGUGACCCUCGCCUCUAUGAGGAUUCGCCGUGGCUGAGAGAUAUGUUUUCACGGGUCAGACAAUGAUCUCUCUGCAAUAGAUCACACCAACACUCAGAUGCCUAGUUUAAAAACGGCAUUAAAAGAAUAUCAAAAUACAGUAUGUUACAAAGAAAACCCAAAACAAAGAACUGGUCACUGUAAUCCAUUUGGUUUUAAAGGAAAUUUAUUCAGGGCCCAUUCUAACACAUCCUUCGUGAACUAUUUGACAAGCUCAAAAUAAUAUUUCACAACAUUUCCUUUCAACACAGAGAGGAUUGUGCCAAAAUUUAGAAAGGUGUCUUAGAACAAAAACACCACAAAGUGUCAUGAGGGCUUGUUUUCCUGCAUAAAUGAUAACAAAAGAAUGACAUCAAAUGUGAAAUAGUAAAUGUUUUAUAUCCUGCUGGUACCAGUCACCAUAUAGCCUCUUUUCUUUGUUUUUGUAUUUAAACAAAAAAAACAAAAACACUAUAUUGCAAUUGUUUUAUAUAGAUUUGAGAUUAUGGUGUUGCUUUAACUGUGUUUGUUAUGUUGAUAUUGAUCAGAGCUUAACUUUUAUGGCUCAACCGGUUACUUAUCCUCACUGUCUGUGAAAUCUAAGUCAUCAUGUACAUCUGAACUCUCUGUAUUUAAUUUUCAUACACUACACAUGCUGAAAACCCAAUAAAAUGUUGUUU